AUGGAUGAGACAGGUUUGUUUUACUCUAUGACACCUGAUCAUACAAUCAUGUCCUGUCAAGUUGAAGAGUCAAAAAAAGACAAGGUAAAAAAGUUAGAUGUGCAAAUAAAUGGAUCAAAUCACCAUAUUCUUCUUAUUCUUGACAAUGCCACUUCACAUGCUAUUGGUACACUUUCCUUGACCAACGUAGAAAUACUUUUCCUGCCAAAAAACACAACAUCAAAAAUCCAGCCCAUAGACACUGUGAUUAUCACAUCCUUCAAACUUCGUUAUGGCCAUCUACAACUUCAACAUGCAAUAGAUCGCAAUGAAGCUGGAGAAAAUGAUAUUUAUAAAGUUGACCAGUUGCAAGGCAUGAGGUGGGCAAAAAUUGCCUGGAAUGAAGUAACUGUUGAGAUGAUUAAAAAUUGCUGA